AUGUACUUUGUACUUGUCGAUGCUUACAGUAAGUAUCAUGAAGAGGUUCAAAUGAAGAGAACUACGGCCGAGGCUACGGUAAAGGUUCUCCGUGAGGUUUUCAGUAGACACGGAUUACCUGAGAUUCUAGCCACAGAUAAUGGCCCGCAAUUCACUUCAAAAGAGUUUGCGGAUUUCUGCUUAGCAACCGGUAUUUUGCAUCGUACAUCCUCAGCAUAUAAACCUUCUACGAAUGGUCAAGCAGAAAGAGUAGUUCAAGUACUUAAGUCAGCUUUACGUCAAGCUGAAGUACUAAAGCAAGAUGCUGAGACUGUCCUACAAAGAUACCUGCUUUCCUAUCGCAUCACUCCACAUUCUACAACAGGAAUCGCCCCUUCUGUGCUGCUGAUGGGAAGGAAACUGCUCACUCGUUUGGAUUUAAUAUUUCCAUCUUUUACGAAGAAAGUGGAAGUACUGUAG